CCUAGCCAACAGCUAGUACUGCAAGUAUAGAUCGCUUUUGUACUGCGAUUUUACUACCUGCUCAGUUAGCCAUGGGAUCUAUGCGUGGCGUGGCGCGCUCAGCGCCGCGGAGUCUCACGUCUUUGUUCAGACAUAGUGAGAGCUUCUCGACUCUCGCCGGAAGGAAUCGACUAGCAGCAGUAUGCUUGUCGACGCAAUGCCUAACUAGUCGUAGGCCACUGCAUAACGGCCGCCCACGGAAAUCACAGUCUGCUACGGCGAAUAAUAACUCAUCCAACCCAGCGUUGUCUUUCCCUUGCCUUGACGCCCAAGAUGCGAAGUCUGCACUCCUCUCCGCACGUUCUCUCGAGUCCGGCCCCGAACCAUCAUACACUACUGGUCACCAUGAGCGGUACCGCUGUGAAGAUCCAUUGCUGCUAGACUGGGGUGGUGUCUUGCCCGAAUUUGACAUCGCAUACGAAACAUGGGGACAAUUGAACGCGGACAAGAGCAACGCUAUCCUACUACAUACCGGCCUCUCCGCCUCGAGCCAUGCCCACAGCACGGAGGCUAACCCAAAGCCCGGAUGGUGGGAGAAAUUCAUAGGCUCCGGCAAACCAUUGAACACAGACAAAUAUUUCGUUAUCUGUACGAAUGUCAUCGGGGGCUGCUACGGCAGCACCGGGCCAUCGACCAUCGACCCCUCUGAUGGCCAGAGAUACGCCACCCGAUUCCCCAUUUUGACCAUAGAUGACAUGGUGCGGGCACAAUUCCGUCUCUUGGACGCUCUGGGGAUUCGGAAGCUGUAUGCCUCUGUGGGCUCCAGUAUGGGCGGCAUGCAGAGUCUGGCUGCCGGCGUCCUGUUCCCAGAGCGCAUCGAAAAGAUUGUCAGUAUCAGUGGAUGUGCACGAAGCCAUCCAUACAGUAUCGCCAUGCGGCACACCCAGCGUCAGGUGCUUAUGAUGGACCCGAAGUGGGCCCGUGGAUUCUACUACGACUCUAUUCCGCCUCAUUCGGGCAUGAAGCUCGCGCGGGAAAUUGCGACAGUAACUUACAGGAGUGGACCGGAGUGGGAGAAGCGGUUUGGUCGGAAGCGCGCAGAUCCUAGCAAGCAGCCUGCGUUGUGUCCCGAUUUCCUUAUCGAGACAUACCUUGAUCACGCGGGCGAGAAGUUCUGUUUGGAAUAUGACCCGAACAGUCUGCUGUAUGUGUCCAAGGCCAUGGACUUGUUUGACCUCGGCCAUGCACACCAACUGGAGACGAAGACACGACGGGCCGAAUAUGAAGCCAACAUCGCGGACGGAGGCAAGACUCUUGACUCGAGCGACAUUGCUUGCAGCCUUACUCUUCCCGAGAAACCGUACGAAGAGCAACCGGUUGUUACUGCGUCUACGCCCUCGAUGGAUGAGUCUGUAUCUGGAGGCGAAGCAGAAGUAGAUGCGCCGCCACAGGAUCUCGUCGCCGGACUGGCCCCCUUAAAAAACCAUCCGGUUCUGGUAAUGGGUGUUGCCAGUGACAUUCUCUUCCCUGCUUGGCAGCAGCGUGAGAUUGCAGAGACACUCAAAGCCGGUGGAAACGAAAAGGUCCAACAUAUCGAACUGGGCGAGGACGUAUCAAUGUUCGGACAUGAUACAUUCCUGCUUGAUCUGAAGAACAUUGGCGGUGCGGUAGAGAAGUUCUUGCGCUGAGGAAAUGUCGAAGGCUAUCCUUUCUAUCUGUUUUACGAGCGGGCAAGCGAUGGCCUAUUGCGUCCCGAGCGUCUUUAUUUCUCCUGUAUAUUCUACCCUGUAUACCUUUAUGAGCCUGGCUGUGAAACGUUCAGAUGACCAGGCCACUCUACUCCCUGCUUAAUACCAAAAAGCAGUAACGAGCAGAUUACAAUGAUCAACGUUUACCUACAUAGCAAAUAUCCC